AUGACUACUCUAAUCAAGAUACCCUGCUCGUCUGCCAACAUUGGCCCUGGCUUCGACGUCAUCGGCCUGGCGCUGAACCUCUACCUCGAAUUGGAGGUUACAGUCACCAAGAAGGAGAAGUCAGAACACUCGCUCAACUGCAAAAUAACAUAUGAAGGCGUAGGCGCGGAAGAUGUCCCUCUCGUUGCGCAAGACAACCUCAUCACACGAACGGCCGUAUACGUACUUCGCUGCCAUGGUAUUCGCGACUUCCCCGCCGAAACACACGUUCACGUCAAGAACCCAAUACCACUUGGCCGUGGAUUGGGCUCUUCAGCUGCGGCUAUUGUAGGAGGUGUAUACCUGGCCAAUGAGGUCGGCAACCUCAAGCUGUCUAGAGCGCGCAUGCUCGACUACUGCCUGAUGGAAGAGCGUCACCCAGACAAUGUCGCAGCGGCGCUGUAUGGAGGCUUCGUCGGCACAUACCUCAACGAAUUAUCCCCAGAAGACACCGAGCGUCUUGAGAUCCCCCUCAGCGAAGUCUUGCCACAACCCGCCGGUGGUGUAGACACGGGUCUACGGCCUCCUGAGCCUCCCCUCAACAUCGGACACUACACCAAGUUUGCUUGGUCGCCCGCUAUUAAGUGCAUAUGCGUCAUACCACAAUUCGAAGUAUCGACGGCGAAGGCGCGUGCGGUAUUGCCCGAGUCUUAUUCGCGCAAAGAUGCCAUCUUUAACAUGCAGCGACUGGCUGUCCUUACCACGGCACUCGGUCAAGCCACACCAGACCCCGACAUGAUCUACACAGCCAUGCAAGACAAGCUCCACCAACCCUACCGUCGCGGCCUCAUCCCCGGUCUUACCGAGAUCCUCCAAUCCGUUACCCCACAAUCACACCCCGGCCUUCUGGGCAUCUGCCUCUCAGGCGCUGGGCCCACCAUACUCGCUCUCGCGACCGAAAACUUUGACAAGAUUGCGGAACAUUUGCUACAACAGUUCAAGAAGGAAGGCAUAACAUGCGACUGGAAGCUCCUUGAGCCGGCCGAGGAAGGCACCACCGUGACACGCCCCUCAAGCACCUCACAACCAACGGGUGAGGCGUUGACGUACGCAUCGUCAGGUGUUAGCAUUGAUGCGGGCAAUCAGCUCGUCAAGCAGAUCAAGGCCUUGACUGCUAGCACCAAACGGCCCGGAGCUGAUGGCAAGAUUGGCGGAUUUGGCGGCCUGCUCGACUUGCAAGCGGCUGGCUACACUGAAGCACCGAUACUAGUGGGUGCUAUCGACGGCAUCGGUACCAAGGUCAAGAUUGCCUUCGAGAUGGGCAAGCAUGACACUGUCGGUAUCGAUCUCGUUGCUAUGAACGUAAACGAUCUCGUCGUACAAGGCGCCGAGCCCCUGAUGUUCCUCGACUACUAUGCUUGCAGCAAGCUCGAUGUUGAAGGUGCGGCCAAGUUUGUUGAGGGCGUUGCGAAUGGCUGCCGGCAAUCUGCAUGCGCACUCGUCGGUGGAGAGACGGCAGAGAUGCCGGGUAUCUACCAAUCAGGCGAAUACGAUGCCGGUGGUGCAGCCAUCGGUGCGAUCAAGCAGGGUGCAACCAUUUUACCAGACACAGCGUCCAUGGCUGAAGGUGACGUACUCAUCGGUCUGGCCUCAAGUGGUGUCCACUCCAACGGCUUCUCCCUCGUCCGAAGAAUCGUCGAGACACAAGGCAUCUCAUACUCUGACGCAUGCCCGUGGAGCUCAGGCGAGAGCCUCGGAACCGCGCUCUUGACACCGACCAAGAUCUACGUCAAACCUCUACUAGCUGCAACCAGGCGGGGCCUGAUCAAGGGUAUGGCCCACAUCACGGGUGGCGGCCUGCUAGAGAACAUUCCUCGCAUGUUGCCGAAGACCCUGGCUGCCGAGCUCGAUGCAAAGAGCUGGCCGCUUUUGGACGUUUUCAAAUGGCUCAAGAGUGCCGGUCGCUUGGAGAACACGGAGCUUGCGAGAACUUUCAACACGGGUCUCGGUAUGGUGCUUGUUGUCAGCCAGGAGAAUGUCAGGACGACUAUGGACCGACUACAGGAGUAUGGUGAGAAGGUCUAUGUGGUCGGUAGUCUGAAGAAGAGGACGGAUGCGGAUGAGGAUCCGCUCCGUCUUAUAUUUUACGCCUUCCCCCUCCCCUCCUUCCAACAUGUCCGCUCCCACGACACGCCCGCCCACACCACCCACCCCAUCAACACAACGACGCCCGCCGACCCCCCACUCAAAGGCGACGCAACCGCCGCGCACCCACCCCCGCAAAAGCCCGACCCAACUCUCGAAUCCAACGACAAUGGCGCCCCCAAGGAAGACAGUCCACCCCCCAUCCCUCCUCCGCCGCCGAACUCGCCCGACUUCCCCGAGCCAGGCAUCCUGUUCGAAGACAUCCUGCCCAUCUUUGCCGAUCCGCAACUACACGAGGGACUACUGCGCGGUCUCGAACUGUCCAUCGAGAAGCAGUUCGGCGCAUCGGGUGCCAAGCCUGAUGUCGUUGUUGGACUCGAUGCGCGCGGCUUCUUGUUCGGACCUAGUCUGGCGCUGAGGUUGGGAGCGAGUUUUGUGCCCGUCAGGAAGAGGGGCAAGCUGCCUGGUCCGUGUGAGACGGCUGAGUACAAGAAGGAGUAUGGCAGUGAUUUCUUCCAGAUGCAGGAGGGUGCUGUCAAGAGUGGGCAGAAUGUGCUUAUUGUCGAUGAUAUUAUUGCGACUGGUGGCUCCGCAGCUGCAGCUGGCUCUCUGGUGAAGAAGCUGGGCGGAACUAUCAUGGGAUACCUUUUCAUUCUCGAACUCGAUUUCCUCAAGGGCCGCGAUCAGCUCGAUGCGCCUGUACACACAUUGCUUUCAGGCCAGGAGGAGAAGAUGGAGCAGUAG